AUGCCACCAAGAAGGCACACUAAUAUUCUUGGACUGAGGAACGACAAUUACCCAUGGGGGAUGCCACCAAGAAGGCACACUAAUAUUCUUGGAUUGAGGAACCACAAUUAUCUGAUCCGGAAGAUGCCACCAAGAAGGCACACUAAUAUUCUUGGCCUGAGGAACGACAAUUACCUACAGGGGAUGCCACCAAGAAGGCACACAAAUAUUCUUGGACUGAGGAACGACAAUUACCUACGGGGGAUGCCACCAAGAAGGCACACAAAUAUUCUUGGCCUGAGGAAACGACGGUUACCUACAGGGGAUGCCUACAAGGAGGAUAAACAAUAUCCUUGGAAGGGGGACGACGGUUACCUGAUGUGGAUGACGCCACCAAGAAGGCGAAUUGUGUUUCAUGGCCUGAGGAAACGAUGGUUACCUACAGGGGAUGCCUUCAAGGAGGCUAAACAAUAUCCUUGGAAGGAGGAACGACGGUUACCUGAUCCAGAAGAUGCCAUCAAGAAGGCACACCAAAAUUCUUGGCCACAGGAAUGACGGCUAUCUACAGGGGAUGCCUACAAAGAGGCACUACAAUAUCCUUCGAAGGAGGAACGAUGGUUAGCUGAUCCGGAAGAUGCACCCAAGAAGACACACCAAAA